CAACGGGCAGAAGGCGAGGUACACCCUGAACUGGUUCGACAGACAAUCACAGGGCAGAUGGAGACAGACAACAAUUGCACACACAGUCACACCUUGAGGCAAUUUAGAAUGUCCAAUGAAGGCAUGUUUUGGGCAUGUGGGAGUGCCCAGAGAAAACCCACGCAGGCACCAGGAGAACUGCUGAGAUUGCCGAUAAACUCAUCAUUUCAGUUGUUUGAGUUUUUGGCGUAUGGCUAAAAUCAAACCCUUUAUGGCAUGAGUUAGCUCCCUUCCUCAAUACAAGUACUGAGUACUAUCAUUGUAUCAGUCGUUGUAAUUGCAAGUUCGUAAUACUGUAAUAACUUGGCCCAUUUCUGCCACUACACCAAAGAAGGCAGUUAGCUCAUGGAAUGGUGUCAUACAACAACAUAUCCGUAUUUACCAUGAACAAGUCUAUUAAAUACAAUUGAGAAUUUUGAGGGGAAAAUGUAUCUGCAAAUUCUUGUAUAUGAAAAGGCACAUUUGAUUGUCUUUUUCUACUCUGCUACAGUGUAUGUUGGUGUGUGUGUGUGUGUGUGCACCCCUGACUACCGUAAUAAUAAAAAAAGAUAACAGAAUAGUUUUCAGGAGUCAUAUGACAAUGACGUCAUGUGGAAUGUGGACUCUAUUGUCAGAAAUCAUUGACCCGAAAAAAAAUUGAGAGACGCGCACGAAUUGCAGAAAAUGCUGCGUUGCCUCUGCACUUGUUGUUUCCUGAAAGAAAACUUCGACGAGAGGCAGCCUCUCCUGCAGCCCUGUCCUCCUCAACUGAAUGGAGCUGAAUCUGCUAGGCUAACACGACCAGCAAACAGCGAUGCACAACACGUGCAGCAGACGGGCAGACUGGCGAUGAGGCGGUUAUGUGUACCGGAACUGGAUUUGAGGUUUUCCGACGUGGCCGAGACCUUCAAUGAGCUGCAAGAACGUUAUGAGUCCGUGGUCCGACACGUCAGAAACCUGCAAAAGAACUGCGGUUGUGCACAUAACGAUCGUCUGACUAUAGCCGAAUCCGUGGACAAGAUCAGUGAAGAACACAGAGACAAAUACAAGGUCUCAUUAAGCAUGAAGGGCUACGACUUCUCCCUCUCCGUGGGUCCCGUGGAUUCAGACGCAGCAGAUAAUGAGAAUUCAGUUCCUCCCGCUCUGCGAUUAGCUCAAGAAGAGCUGAAGCACGCUUCUGAGAACACCAAGGCCGCCAUAUCCAAAUGUACCACUCUUCAAGAGCUGAUUAGCUGGCUGCUUCGGAGCAAGGUUAAAAUCGGCGAACAGGUGAAGAGGGCCGCGGCGACUUACCAGGAGGAAGGAAGACUGAUUGAGAAUCUGGAAAAGAACAUGAAAGAAUUGAGAAGAGCAAAAGAGUUGUCAGUGAGAUACAGACAACACGCUGGAGAGCUUCUCACCGAGGCAGCUCAGAUAGCAGGCGCUCCUCUGUAGUUUUGCACAUUUCAUAACUGGAUUCACAGAAUACCACCUUACACAAGUCAACUAUUAUAUAUGGAAUACUUGUGAUAUAACUGACCCUACUUAUGAGUUUUUGAGAUAUGAGCCAUAUUAUAUAUUUGCUUUGUCUUGUGAGCACAAACUAUAAAUACGAGUGUUUUGUGGUGGCAGGUUUGAUUCUACUCACUUCAAAACAAUCGACAGUUCAUCAGCUAUAAGUCAUAAGUAUUCUUUAAAAAGGGAGACUCCAAGCUUGCCAUGCUCAGCUGGAAGUUGCUGUC